AUGGGCGGCCACAAUGAAAUCGAAAUCUUGCUCUGCAGGGCGGCAUCUCAGGUCCUGAAAAAGGACGAAUCUGAGAUUGAUGCAGAGAAAUCUCUAGCUGAGCAAGGCGGCAAUAUGUUGUCAGGAGUCUUUUUCGCCGGGCAAUGUAGGGAACUCGGUAUCCCCAUCGACAUGGCCAAUGUCUCAAACACGUCUAUGCGUGAACUGGCACGACAGUUGGCCGAGACCAACCCCGAAUUGCUGCGUUCAAGUACCACGACGAACAACAAAUCUGUUUCUGUUGCCCACACAGAGCUCCAGAGCCUGUACCGUACCUUCGGGUCGUCACAGGGCUUCACGUUGGACAUCGAGGUUGCAAUGACCCUCGAUGACGCUACUCAUAUCACGGAGAGGCUGGUGGAGAGACAUCCAAUUCUCGGAGCUUCCCUGGAGCCCGACCAAAAGGAAUCCUUUGUCUUGUCAGGCGUCAAGCCUUCACCACCCACAACCUUGAUGCCAUAUGAAUCCGACGAGGAGGCUAUCGCUCAGGUGAGAAAGCUGCAAAAUGAGGUUUCGACAAACCCAGCUGUUCUCAGCGUCCUCUUUUUUGGAGAGAAGUCCCAGAUCGGAAAGCUUGGCUUCGUGGCACACACUGCUGCUCUUGACGCUCACUCUUGGUAUAUCCUUCUUCAGGAUAUCCAGGCAUAUCCAAGCAAAUCCCAUUACUUGAGUACUGAAUCUCACACCUUCUUCAAGUGGGUUGAGAGAGUGAAUCAGGGAACGGGAAAGGAAAUAGAACCUGCUGUCACGAAUGGACAUUCUGUGGAUGCGGGACCCUCGCCGAAAGAUCCCUUCCAGCAAUCACGAGUUGUUUCAUCUUGCAUCUUCAGUUUGAGCUCGAAGUUGACGGAAACACUUAAAAACGAGGAAUGCCGCCGAACACUGCGCACAGAGGUUCAUGAUUUGAUAUUUGCAUCCUUGGCCUCAUCCUUCGGAGACCAACUUCACAGCCCAACCAGAAAUGUCGAGAUCAGGGAUGGUCGCAGCCGUGAGCAGGAUGAAGCGUGGGAUAGUGUCAUGGGAUGCUUCGAUGAGCUUGCUGAGAUCCCCUAUCACUGCACUGGCGACAUUUUCGAUGCGUGCCGCAGUGCAAAGGAUUCGAGACAGCGUUCAUUCUUACGUUCUAUCCAUGAUAUUUCUGAUCAUAAUAAUCUCAUCCUUGACACAACUCGGCUCAAGAACUCACCCGAUGGCAUAAUGCGGCCCACUGACGAAGUGCCCGGGCGCCAAGCUGCGGAGGCCGUCGUUCAAUCAAUUGGCGGGCUCUGCGUGACCCCUUUCUGGAUGGAUGGAAGACUGAGCUUCUCGGUCAUUUGUAGUGCUGAUUUCGGAGGAGAAACAGAUCUCAAGCGCAAUUCUGAGAAGUUCGUCAGCCAUCUACAGGACAUUGCCACAACAUUACCCAGCCGUCGACCAUGGCCUACCCUCUCCGAUUUCCCAAAUCUACCACUAGACUACCCGUCUCUGGACCGCUUGUUUGAGCAAAAGUUGCUUCAGAUCACUCAGGAUCCCCUUGCAGACAUUUACAGCAUCUACCCCUGCACGUCCAUACAGGAUAACAUGAUCAUGGGCAAUUCCCUCGAUAAGGCGGCAUAUAUGUGUACCUUUACUGCCAGAGCCACGACGUCAGGCGCUUUUGCAUCUUUUGACGCUGAGAAAUGGGCCUCGGCAUGGGGUAGGGUGGUCGAGAAGCACGCAUCCCUCAGAACUGUAUUUAUCGAGAGCGAAAGUCGCCUCGGGCACUUUGACCAAGUCGUGCUCAAGAAGGUGGCCCCGCCAGUCGACAUAACUUCAGGGCUUCAGGAGUCGGCAAAGGUUGAAUUUCAACAGUUGAAGGUGCCACAUCAUCUGGGUAUCACCCAGGAAGGCCCUGGACGGUGUCUCAUGGUGCUGACCAUGUCUCACGCAAUUACGGAUGGCCACUCUGCUGAAGUUCUUCUCAACGACUUAUGUGCCUCUGCCGUCGGAAUGGGAGGCAGCGAAGAGGCUUUCUCCUACGCCGAAUAUGCUCUGAGUGAACAUCAAUCCAGAAAAACCCACGUGUCGGAUUACUGGGAGAAGUAUCUUGCCAAGACGCAGACAACUCUUCUUCCAGUCACACGAGAGAAGGCUGAUUUUCACGACUUUGCCACCGUGUAUGCCACCAUGCCAGCCAACGUAGGAUCAAUGGACCGACUCUGUCGACGGCACAAGAUCAACUUGGCCAGUGUCUGCCAACUUGCCUGGGGCGUCGUGCUGCGCAGUCACGUUGGUGUCGAUGACAUCUGCUUCUCAUACAUCUCCUCUCUGAGAAACAAGCCCUUGAAGGGCAUCAUGACGGCUGUUGGGCCGCUGAUCACCACCCUCCUGUGCUCCGUGAACUUGGAAGGAAGUACAGACAUCUUGGAUGCUAUCAGGGCUGUCGACUCUGAUUACACUGAAAGUAUGUCCCACGAGGAAGAGCUUUCCAAAACUACUUCUCCUCGUCGUUGGAGCAAUACUGUCAUGUCAUUUCGCCGGAGACUCGUUCAGGAUGAUGGAGGUCUUCAAGGCUUGAACUAUAAACUUGUCAACGCCGCCAGCCCUACAAAUUAUGACGUUUCCCUUAUCGUUUCAGCGGGCCAAGCAGAUUUGGAGUUUAUGCUGGAUUACUGGGGCUCUCGCAUGGAUAAAGAAUAUGCCCAGCGUCUUCUUCAAAACUUCCAGGAGGCGCUUCACUCCAUCUUCCGAGAUAUUACCACCACUGUGUCCAAACUCGAGCUUAUUAGCGAACAUCAGAAGAAGCAGAUCCUAGAGAGAAACCUCCGUGUUCCCGAGGGUUUGGAUCGGUGCGUUCAUGAGCUGGUCAACGAGAGCAUCCAGAAGCAACCAUCGGCUGUUGCCAUCAACGCUUGGGAUGGCAGCUUGACAUAUGAGGAGCUGGACAACCACAUCUCACAUCUAGCUCAGCAUUUAGUGCAUAUUGGAGUUGGACCAGAAAUCCCAGUGGGAGUUUGUAUGGACAAAUCCAAGCUCGUGCCGGUCGCUAUGCUCGCCAUUUUACGUGCUGGCGGUGCUGUUGUUCCCAUCGGGGUAGAAGAACCCAUUGCUCGUGUGCAGGCCAUUCUUGCCGACUCGUCUCCCGUGGCCAUUAUCGGUGACGAGAAGCAAGUGAGUCGUCUGUCUGGUCUGGGCACCCAGGUUCUGAAUGUUAUCGAAAUUAUGGCGGACGAGCCACCAAACACACUAUCAUCCACAGCAACACUAGAGACGCGAGUCAAGCCGGAAAACACAGCGUGGAUCUUUUACACCUCUGGAUCUACUGGAACACCCAAGGGUGUAUUAGUAGAGCAUCGAGCUCUGGCAACUAGCAUGCGUGCCCAUGGUAUCGCACUGAACUUGUCUCAAGAGGACAGGGUACUCCAGUUUGCGGCGCACACGUUCGACGUGUCCCUAUCCGAGUUGUUCACCACGCUCAUCUACGGAGGCUGUGUCUGUAUCCCUGAUGAAACUGAUCGUCUCAACGACCUGGCAGGUUCAGUUCAUCGUCUACAGGCAAAUGUCUUUUCUCUCACCUCAAGCAUGGCAUCAACCAUCAAACCCGCAGACGCUCCGAUGGUUCGCAAAUUGAUCCUGUUUGGAGAAGAAGUCAAAGCUAGCGUGCUAGAAGCCUGGCUUGGAAAGGCAGAUAUCUUCAAUGCCUACGGUCCAACCGAGAGCUCCAUAUUUGCCAGUGUCAGCAAGCCACUCCAGAGCGUGGACGACCUGGCUAAUAUUGGAUUUCCCAUGAACGUGAACUUCUGGGUUACCGAUCCACAGAACCCAGGGCGUCUAUGUCCUCCAGGAGCUCCAGGCGAGCUCUUGAUCGAGGGCCCACUGCUUGCCCGAGGUUAUCUCAACGACGAAGCCAAGACAUCUGCUGCUUUCAUCCACGAUCCAGCGUUUGCGUCUCCACUUGGGAUUGAGACGGGGAGACGUUUCUACCGAACCGGUGAUAUUGUGCGGCAGAACAGCGAUUCUUCUAUGAGCUAUCUCGGUCGCAGAGACACGCAGAUCAAGGUUCGCGGCCAACGUCUUGAUGUAUCCGAGGUCGAGCACUGGAUUAUAGAGUCGCUAGAUGGUAUAAUCCGUGCUGUAGUUGGACUUCUACCCGCAGAUAAGAAAGACACAGGUGUCAUGUUAUUUGCUGCUGUUGAAUUUUCCAAACACACCACCUUUGUUCCCCCGGGGGAUGGAGCGAUUCUCCCAGCCUCUGACGAGAUUCGCAAAGCACUUGGUCUACUGCAGAAUGCGUUGCAAGAGAAGCUUCCAUCGUACAUGAUUCCCACUUUCUACAUUCCUUUCAGACGUAUUCCCUUGACUUCGUCUGCCAAGACCGACCGCAAAAUGGUUCGCCGUUUGGUUUGCGAGUUAGACACUACCACCCUACAGGAACAUGUCUUUGAGGAGUCAAGCGAGAGUGACCAGCUGCUGACGGAGACUGGGCAGAAGAUCAAAGAUUUGUGGGCGGCUGUACUCAACGUCAGCAGCUCGUCCAUCAGAGCAAGUGAUCAUUUCCUUUAUCGAGGAGGAGACUCUCUCCUAGCAAUUAAACUGGUUGAAAUGGCUAGACUCGAAGAUCUGGCACGAGUUCUUGAUGAACGCAACGCAGCUGGUAAAGUUGACUCUACUCCGGCACAGACGCAAAAAGACCCUCCUCCCUUUUCACUGUGGAAUCCAUCCUCGAGCGAUAGAGAGGCUGAACUUGCAGACAUUGCUAUGCAAUGCGGUCUGAGUACCGAAGAUAUUGUGGAUAUCUAUCCCUGCACCUCGUUGCAGCAAGGCAUGUUGGCUGCCACGCAGCAACGCCCGACGGCAUACCUUGUGCGUCAAGUCUACGCGCUCUCGGAUUCUGUCGAUCUGUCGCGCUUCCGAUCAAUGUGGGAAGUCAUGGUUCAACAGGCCCCCGUCAUGCGAACUCAUAUACUGCUAGGGCAACGCUCAGGAUCUUUGCAGGUGCUGUCCAAGAAGCCCAUCACAUGGCAGAUCCAUGAUGAUUUGGAGGAGUAUGUUGCACAGGACCAAUCACGUGCCAUGGGCGUUGGUCAGCCGCUCAUGCGUUUUGCUUUGGUGCAGGACAAGUCGAAUGGUGUUCGUCAUUUUAUCUGGACAGCGCAUCACUCGGUCUACGACGGGUGGAGUGCCCAGUUAAUCUACAAGCGACUGGUGGCUCUUUAUCUCAAUGACGAGGUGCCUCGUGCAGUCCCCUUCACGCGAUUUAUUGAGUACCUUCAACGGAGCGAAGAGGUUGAUGGAAUUAAGACCGAUAUCUACUGGCGCGGCCAGCUUGGAGGAGAUGUGCCGUCAGCCUUCCCUUCCAUGCCGUCCCCUUUCUACCAACCAAAGCCUGCCGCCUUGCUUCGCUCCGAAAUAAGCACCUCAAUGUUGAGUGAUUCAAGGUCUGGAUUCUCACUUGCUGACGUUCUGAGGGCUGGUUGGGCCAUGACUCUCGGUCAAUACCUUGGCACAAGCGAUGUGGUCUUUGGAGCCAUUCUCUCUGGCCGUAACGCCCCCGUCGCGGAGAUUACAGAGCUUAUUGCGCCUACCAUCACUACUGUGCCAGUUCGGGUGCAUGUCGACCGGGCAGCAAAGGUUUCUGGCUACCUCGAAACUAUACGGACUCAGGCAGUAGAAAUGAUACCGUUCGAGCAUACGGGGUUGGAAGAGAUCAAACGCCUGUGUCCCGAUCUCCAGCCUGCGACAGAUAUCACUCAUGCUCUUGUUAUUGAACCUCCAUAUGCCAGGAACGGAGAGGGAGCCACCGAGCUUCCCGGCUUCGAGCUGGUAGAUACUGCCGUUAACGUGUUUGACACAUUUGCUCUCACCAUUCAGUGCCAACUCCCCAGCGAGCAAGGAUCUUCCAUCAAGCUCGAGGCCCGUUUUGAUAGUCAGGUCGUAAGCGAGGCCCAGGUGAAAGUCCUUCUAAGACAGUUUGAGCACUGGGUAUCGCAGUUCCUCGACGAGUCCAAUCACAAGAGACAACUGCGAAGUCUGGAGGAAAUCACCGCUACUGAUCUCGCCCAAAUCAAGAAGCAGAACGCUCCCAUACCAGUACGUGGCUUGAGAUGCCUGCACCACUUGAUAAGGGAUGUAGCCCAAGAGCAGCCAGACUCGCCAGCGUUGUGUGCCUGGGACGGCAACUUUACAUACAAAGAACUCUGGGCCAACGCAAGGAAGCUUGCACAGCAUCUUUCCAGCCUGGGAGUAGGUCCCGAAACAAGGGUGACAGUUUGCAUGGAUAAGUCUAAAUGGACUGUCGUGUCAAUCCUAGGCAUCUUAGAGUCUGGGGGUGUCGUUGUCAUGCUACGCUCGCAGUCUCCAUUGGAGGAAGCAAAGGCUCUCGUGGAGGAUUCUGAGGCAGCUGUCAUGCUGACUAACGCAGGUCACACAGCUAGAUUCGCAGGUUCGGGGCCUCCUGUCAUUGAGGUCAAUGAUGCGCUGCUAGCUAGCCUCCCGGACCCGAUCACGAGUGGGCCUAUAUGUCCGGCACUAAACCCUGAUCAUCCUGCCUGGAUUGUGUACACAUCCGGAAGUACAGGGCUGCCAAAGGGAUGCCUCCUGGUCCAUGGGGGUCUUGCCACCAGUCUGCCAGCACACGGAAGAGCGACACGUUGGUCUAAGGAGUCCCGCACCCUGCAAUUUGCAUCUCACGAAUUUGACGUCACUUUGCAAGAAAUCAUGACGACUCUUAUCUUCAAGGGCUGUGUCUGCAUUCCGUCCGAAGACCAACGUGUCAACUCGCUUUCACAUGCCAUCAGGGAUAUGAAUGUCACGCAGAUGGUGCUGACCCCAACCGUGGCAUCCAUGAUCAAUCCGGCCGAUGUACCGUGCAUAACUCAGCUGCAAGUCGCUGGCGAGCUGAUCAAACCAAGUGUUGUGGAGCGCUGGAUUGAUCACGCCGAAGUGGUUAACAUCUAUGGCCCGUCAGAGUGCUCUGUCUACUCAUCCUGCGGCAAGCCGAUGCAGAGAAUUGAAGACGCACCUGUGAUAGGAUACCCACUGGAGAACUGUAACUUUUGGGUCACCAGCACCACUGACCACAACCGGUUGUGUCCCAUCGGUAUCCCUGGCGAGCUGCUCAUUGAGAAUUCUUGGCAGGCCCGGGGCUACUUGAACAACCCAGAGCUGACGGCGCAAUGCUUUGUGGUUGAACCUGGAUUCAUCAAGCAACUUGGCUUAGAUGGCGCUGGAAGACGAAUGUAUCGCACCGGAGAUCUUGUUCAGCAAAACCCUAACGGAUCCUACACUUAUAUUGGCCGCAUGGGCAAUGAAGUCAAGUUCCGUGGGCACAGAAUUGACCUGGGUCGGAUUGAAUACUGGAUUGGCAAGCUUCUUCCUGGGGUGCAGACAAUUACUGUCGAUCUGGUCGAUCUCCAAGAUGGGAAGAAGGCGAAUGAUCUUAUAGCUGUGGUCGACUUUAUCCCAGGCUCUGACCUGCUCGACCUUGACCAAACAGAAGAGAUCAACGGAGUCACCAUUCUUGCCCCUUCCAGCAAAAUUCAAAAGGCACUGUGUCGCCUGAGGGACGGCUUGGCAGACAGGCUCCCGAGCCACAUGGUACCGACCGCGUUUAUGCCCUGGAAGAAGAUCCCCUUGACACCGUCUGGCAAGACAAACAGAAAGGCUGUGCGUCAUCUGCUGACAAGUCUCGAAGCAGGAUCGGCUUUGCUGCAACGCUAUCUUGCUAGUCAAGGUAUCAAGAAAAGCCCUGAAACCAAAAUUGGCAAGCUUCUUCAGCAGCUGUGGGCCGAAGUCCUCUCCAUCGAUGCGGACUCUAUCGGUUCGGAGGAUCACUUUACGCGACUUGGUGGUGAUUCUUUGGCAGCCAUGAAACUUGUUGCAUCAGCUCGACAAGUCGGGCUUCAAUUGACUGUUGGGGCCAUAUUCACACAUCCCGUACUAGAGGAUUACGCUCGAGUCCUUGAAACUGACCAGAAGGCUGGCCUCGUCAAAGUGGUGGAGAAGGACCCUGCUCCCUUUGAAUUGUUGCCGAAAGAUCCAAGUAGUCCCGACGGAUUUGAAUCUCGACUGGUCGACUUUGCUGCACAAUGUGGCGUGUCCCCUGACCAGAUCACAGAUGUGUAUCCAUGCACCCCUAUGCAAGAAGCACUGUUCGCCAUCACGGCAAGACAGCCAACAGCCUACACAUAUCGCCAAGUAUUCCGAGCCAGUGGAGAGGAUGUUGAUAUCGCCAAGUUCCAGUCCGCAUGGGAAACAGUGGCCAAAACAUUGCCAAUCCUUCGAACUCGAAUCGUGCUUGACCGAAACAGUGGCUUCCUUCAGACAGUAGUCGACGAGCCCCUAGUAUGGCACAUUGGUGGCGAUCUGGACACCUACAUUGCCGCUGAUAAGACCCUAGGCUUCGAAACGGGAAAACCUCUUCUUCGCUGUGCGAUCGUCGAGCAAAAAGGCUCAGGGGCCAAGUGCUUUGUCUUGACGACACACCACAGCAUGUUUGACAAAUGGAGUAUCGAGAAGAUCCUAUAUCGUUACCUCUACCCGGCGUACUCUGGACAUGAGAUGCCCAAGGCUAUACCGUACCCAAGAUUUAUUAGCCACGUCCUCAAUACCGACUUGGACGCCGCAUCGCAAUUCUGGACCCAAGCGCUGACAGGUGCUGAUUCGUUUACUGACUUCCCCUCGCUUCAAGCUGUCGGCUUCUAUGAGCCCAAGCCUACCUCGCUCCUGAAGCAGACAGUCUCUUUAGAUGGAGUCACAGUUGCAGGGCUACAAACCCCCUUCCCCAGUCUCCUUAGGGCAGCAUGGGCUUUGACGGUUGGCCAGUAUGCUGGCGCCGAGGAUGUCAUGUUUGCUGUCAAUCUGUCGGGCCGCUCAGCUCCAGUAGCAGAAAUCACUGAGCUUGCAGCCCCAACGUUUACGACCGUGCCUGUGAGGAUCAAAGUACACGGCUCACAAAGGGUCCAGGACUUCCUCGAUGAUGUUCACCACCACGGCGUGGACAUGAUACCCUUUGAACACAUUGGACUCCAGAAGAUCAAACGGCUCGUUCACAGUUUUAAUCCUGCUGAUCUAAGACACUUGUUCCUCGUACACACAGCUGCUGAUGCGGAACUGGAUGAUCCGACACUUCGACUGCCUGGCUUUGAGCAGGUUCACCUGAAGAUGGAGGCGAUCCAUGACUACCCCCUCACAGUCUUGUGUAAGUUAGAUGAGCGUAAGGGAGAGGCCGAGAUAGAGGCUCGCUUCGACAGCGCCGUUAUACCUGACGACCAGCUCCAAGCGGUCCUGCGUCAAUUCGAACACAACGUCACCCAGCUUGCUGGAAGUGCCGCCUCUGAGGAGCAGAUGGUUGGAGAUCUUCCUUUGGCCAACUUACACGAUCUACAACUGAUCAACGAUUGGAACGUCACCGGCGAAUGGCCCUCCCUUGGCUGUAUCCAUGAACUGGUCAUCAAGCACGUUCAAACCAGCCCCGAUUCUCUCGCCGUCUGCAGUUGGGAUGGGGAGCUUACCUAUCGGCAGCUUGACAAGGCGGCUAGAAGCCUCGCACAGCUACUCAGGGUAGAAGGGAGCGUAGGCCCCGAAGUGACUGUCGGGCUCUGCAUGGAUAAGUCCCGAUGGGCCAUGGUGGCUAUGCUAGCCAUUUUAUAUGCUGGUGGUGCAGUGGUGCCACUUGGAGUUCAACUACCGAUCGAGAGAAUAAGUAUCAUCCUUCAGGAUUCUUCUCCAGCCAUGGUACUCUGUGACGAGUCCAAAUCAGACAGGUUCCAGUCACUGGGUUACAAGACCGUACCUGUCGAUGAAGCAUCACUCGCUCACUUGGCUGGGUCGUAUGAUGGUCUCGAUCCUGCUAUUCCCUCACAAUCAGUCCGAGCCGAAAACAUGGCUUGGAUUAUAUACACUUCCGGCAGCACAGGAGUUCCCAAGGGUGUAACCCUAGAGCAUAGAGGUAUAUACAACGUUGCUCUGAGCAAGGGGACUGGCCUGAACUUCGACACUACCAACCGCACAUUCCAAUUUGCUCCAUUCACCUUUGAUGUCUCUAUUGGCGACAUUAGCAUGGCCUGGGCAUUUGGGGGAGCCGUAUGCUUACCUUCGGAGAGCGGCCGGAUGAACGAUUUGGUCGGGUCCCUUCAGCGACUGAAGGCCAACUUCGCAGUCCUCACAGCAAGCACAGUGUCGCUCAUCCCCCCCGGCGAAGUCCCAGACAUGAAGAUGUUGGUAAUGGGCGGUGAAGCCAAUACCCCCGCCUUGAUUGACAAGUGGCUUCAGGGUUCAAAGGCCACCCUGACUAACAGUUACGGCCCGGCUGAGUGCUCAGUGACCAGUACCAUGAACCCUUACCUGAAAGACAACACCGGUUCAUCCAACAUUGGCAGACCCAUCCGCGGUGUCCAAAAUUGGAUCGUUGACACUCAUAACUACAACCGACUUGUGCCCAUCGGUGCAGUGGGAGAGCUUGUCAUCGAGGGCCCGCAAGUCGCCCGUGGGUAUCGCAAUGACCCUGUUAAGACUGCGGCGGCGUUUAUCACAGAUCCUGGCUUCACUGCUCACGUUGGCCCCAAGACUUCAGGGCGUCGAAUGUAUCGGAGUGGUGACCUGGUGCGAUACAACGCUGAUGGCAGAAUCACCAUUCUGGGUAGAGGCGAUUCGCAGAUCAAGAUUCGCGGCCAGCGAGUUGACCUGGGCGAGAUUGAAUCUUCCAUUGUUAAGCUUAUGCCCAAGGUUCGAAUGGCCGUGGUAGAAUAUCUGCAACUCAAUGGCAAUCAACGCGCACUCGUUGCCGCCCUUGAGUUUCUCGAAGACGGUGACCGCCGCAGCGAUGUCGCAGAUUAUUCAGCAUGGCUCAAGAAAUCUCUUGCUGAGAAAUUACCGGCGUACAUGGUCCCGAGAGUGUAUCUGCAAAUAGACAAGAUGCCCAAGAUCAUCUCCGGGAAGAUCGACCGCAAAGCUGUCCGCAAGUUCAUGAUGAGUGAGGGUAUUCAGACAGCAGAUAUGAAGUCUCAGAGCGCCUCCCAAACUGGAAAGGUCGAAACUGAGAGAGAGGCUGUCGUCCGUAAGCUAUGGGCUGAUGUACUCGGGGUCGAAGCUGAGACAAUCGACCGACAUGACAACUUCUUCGAUAUUGGCGGUGACUCUAUCAUCGCCAUGAAGUUCGUUGCUGCUGCGAAGGCAGAGAAUCUUGCUAUUCGCGUCCUGGACAUAUUUGAGAAUCCAGUCUUGUCUAAAAUGGCCGUUGUCGCCAAAAGUCUAUCUGGAUCGGGGCUUGAAGCGACUUCACCACCCCCUUACCGUCCUUUCCAGCUACUUGACCGUGUGGAAAAUGGCAUUGACGCCUUUCUUGGGGAGAUGGUCUGUCCCGUCACUGGCACAGACAAGGAAUCGAUCCAGGAUGUUUUCCCUGCUACUGAUCCCGUUUCCUUUAGCGUGGCAGGGGCAUUGACCGUGGCCCAGACAGAAGUAAACACCUUUGUCAUUGACACGGAUGCAGGCCUUGAUUUGGCCCGACUACAGCAAAGCUGUGAGCUACUGGCGCAGCACAUCGAAGCUUUCCGCACUGUUUUUGCAUUUGAUCUUCGCAACGGAAGGCUUCUCCAGAUCAUACUGAAGUCCUAUCAGCACAAUGUGCUCGUGGUCGAGACUGACGACUCGUUGGAAGAUGCCACCAAGCGCAUAUUUGAAGAGGAGAUUUCCCGUCAACCUCUUCAACUCGGCACACCCUUGAUAAAUAUGGCUAUCGUUCAACAACAAGAGAGCAAGAAGACCCGCGUGCUAUUGCGGAUGUCACAUGCUAUAUACGACGGCAUGUCUCUUCCGAUUAUACUGGACACCCUUCGUAGAUUAUACCAUGAACAGGAUACUUCUGAGCCUCCUUUGGCCUCCUUUGCCGAAUACGUCGCAUAUCUGGACCGGCAGACAAGUGACAGCAGCUACAACUACUGGAAGAACCUGCUUGAAGGAUCCCAAAUGCCCCAGGUCUCUCCUGGGACAGAAUCUGAGAACCAGAACUCCUUGCGCAUGGCCUUCACCGAGGAGAAGGUGUUGCCAUUACCGAAAUCCAAGGGAGAUGGCAUCACCACCUCCACCAUCAUCAGCUGUGCAUGGGCGCACGUACUAGCCCAGUACACGGGGAGGAGUGAUGUGGUUUUUGGGGAUACCAUCUCCGGGAGAAAUUUGGUCGACCCGUCUAUAGGCAGUACCGCUGUCGGCUGCUGUGCGACCAACGUCCCUAUGCGGAUCAAGUUUGCUGAUACGUCCGGAGACCACUCCGUUAGUCAGCUGUUGAACCAAGUGCGAGACCAGCAACGUAAUCGUAUUCCCCACGAAGGUGUCGGCCUUCGUUCGCUGAUCCGGGAGUGUACGGACUGGUCCCCAGCUACUCGCUUUACCUCCAUUGUCAACCAUCGACCAGCCAAUCCAGCGGUCAAGUCAACCAGUGGAGAAAUCGGUUUCCAAGUGAGCACCAUCACCACUGAAACGAAACCGCUCAUGACUUGGUACGAUCUCGCGGUUAUCUCCAGGGAGGAAAAUGGCACUGUUGUGAUGACUCUGGGUUACUCGACAGCGUCGUUACACUCCGACACGGCUCAGUCGCUGCUGCAAGAUCUCUCUGACACUGUUCGAAUUCUUUUGGACUCUGCGCAUCUUAACCAACUCGCCCUUCUUGGAACCAAGGCAAUGCCAAGAUCUUGCUCUAGAUUGCCCAUGUUACAAUCGGUGAACGGCUCCAAAGAACAUAGUUCAAGCGAAGGCAGAUCAAGCAACACAUUGUCACUUAAUAAGCUCGUCGACUCUACUCUCAGUGUUCUCGACACAAUCUGGUUCUCCGUCUUUAAUUCAAAACGCACAAGCGUGGGCUCGUUGCCGCCCGAAGAACCGACUGUAGAAACGUGUUAUCUGCCUUUCUACAAGUUAGGAGGCGACUUUCUUGACGCCGCCUGGUUCAUUGCCUUGAUACAACAGAGAACUAAGACCACCAAGGCGAAGGUUAAUGGGGAUUCCAUUUCAACUUCGCACGCUCAGAUGACGUUGGAUGAUGUUCUUUAUCAUCCCAGUCUUGUGGAAUUUGCUAGUGUUUUAGAUCAAAAACAAAUUCGGUUAAGUUAG